CUUAAAAAAGAGUGCCGGGCAUGCGCAUAGAGAGGAUGCCAUAUUGGAAUGAGGCUGUAGUGGGAGCUGGAGGACCCGAGCGGGCGCGCUAGGGAGGCGGCGGGUAGAGAGCGAGUGAGCAAGAGAGGGCGGGUGAGCCGGACCGGCGCCCACUCCGGUCGCCCCCGGGGGCCAGGCUCCACCAUUCCUGGCAGGACAAACUUAAUCAGUUUUAUUCCCUGAGAAAAAGAGAUAUCAGGCCGUGCCUUCUCAGAUCCCUGCUCCCUGGAGGAUGAAUUAAGGGACUAGGAGGCAUAGUCAUCAGCAUGGAGAGAUAUUUGCCAGUUUCGAAGAAGCGCAACUCAUCCUCCUCUUUGGAAAAGAUAACCGGCCCAGCAAAUGGGAAUGGGACCCUUUACUCAGAUGAAGAUUCCGGCCCGGAGGACAAUGACUUCAGCUGGGGAGACUAUUUGGAAGAGACAGGUACCAGAGCGGUGCCACACGUGUCCUUCAGACAUGUGGAGAUCAGCAUUCGGAGUAGCUUCCAGCCAGGAAUGAAGUUGGAGGUGGCCAACAAGAACAAUCCAGACACUUACUGGGUGGCCACGAUCAUCACCACCUGUGGCCAGCUGCUGCUCCUGCGUUACUGUGGUUAUGGGGAGGACCGAAGGGCUGACUUCUGGUGCGAUGUGAUCAUAGCGGAUCUGCACCCUGUGGGGUGGUGCACGCAGAACAACAAGGUGUUGAGGCCUCCGGAUGCUAUCAAGGAGAAGUAUACGGACUGGACGGACUUCCUCAUCCGUGAAUUGACUGGUUCUCGGACAGCCCCUGCAAGCCUUCUGGAAGGUCCUCUGCGAGGGAAAGGCCCCAUAGACCUCAUUACAGUUGAUUCCUUAAUAGAGCUGCAGGACUCCCAGAACCCCUUUCAGUACUGGGCAGUUAGUGUGAUUGAGAAUGUCGGAGGAAGAUUACGCCUUCGCUAUGUGGGACUGGAGAACACCGAAUCCUAUGACCGGUGGUUAUUUUACUUGGAUUACAGACUUCGGCCAAUUGGUUGGUGUCAAGAAAAUAAAUACAGAAUGGAUCCACCUUCAGAACUUUAUGAUCUGAAGUUGCCUUUCGAAUGGAAAUGUGCUCUGGAAAAAGCCCUAAUUCUUGCUGCAGAGUCCCCUCUUCCAAUGGAAGUAUUUAAGGACCAUGCAGACUUGCAAAGCCAUUUCUUUACAGUGGGGAUGCGGCUGGAGACAUUGCAUAUAAGCGAUCCUUUUCAUAUCUACCCUGCAUCAGUGACCAAGGUUUUUAAUAGUAAAUUUUUCCAAGUGGCCAUUGAUGACCUAAGACCUGAAGCUGAUAAACCUACGAUGCUGUGCCAUGCAGAUUCUUUGGGGAUUUUGCCAGUACAGUGGUGCCUUAAAAACGGAGUCAACCUCGCUCCUCCCAAAGGUUACUCAGGCCAGGAUUUUAACUGGGUGGAUUACCACAAGCAGCGCCAGGCAGAAGAAGCACCUCAUUUCUGCUUCAAAAACGCAUUUUCUCGGGGCUUUUCAAAGAACAUGAAGCUUGAAGCUGUGAACCCUGUAAAUCCAGGAGAGGUGUGCGUGGCCACUGUGGUCAGUGUGAAAGGGCGGAUGUUAUGGCUUCAUUUAGAAGGUCUGGAGAGCCCAAUGCCAGAUGUCAUCGUGGACAUGGACUCCAUGGAUAUCUUCCCCGUGGGCUGGUGUGAGGCCAAUUCUUACCCUCUGACCACACCAUACAAAGCAUCCUCCAAAAGCAAGAGAAAGACUGUCCAUUUCAAGACGGAAAACCAAUUAUUAUCCCCAGUGCCUGUUGAGAAAAUACCUCAUGAGCUUUGCUUGCUGCCGCAGCAGAUGGACAGUCCAGUAGGAGCCAUCAAUGCCAAGUACUGCUGCCCACAGCUGUUCGUCAACCACCGCUGUUUCUCAGGCCCAUUCCUGAACAAAGGAAGGAUUUCAGAGCUACCUCAGUCAGUGGGGCCUGGCAUGUGUGUGCUGGUGCUCAAAGAGAUUCUUACCCUGAUUACCAAUGCCGCCUACAAGCCCGGGAGGGUCCUGAGAGAGUUACAGCUUGUGGAAGAUCCAGAGUGGAAUUCCCAGGAGGAGAUCCUCAAGGCAAAAUACGGGGGCAAAACAUACAGGGCCGUGGUCAAGAUCGUGCGGACAGCAGACCAAGUGAUGAAUUUCUGCCGGCAAGUUUGUGCCAAGCUGGAGUGCUGUCCAAACUUACUGAGCCCUGUGUUGAUCUCUGAAACCUGCCCGGAGAACUGUUCUGUCCACACCAAAACCAGAUACAACAAAAGGGAGAAGGGGUCAUCAUUGUCACCUGCAAGUGAACUAAAAGAUGAUUCUGGAUCUCAUGUCACCAAAUUGCAAAAGGCUAAGAUUCCUCAGACCUAUUAUUAUGGGAAAAGAAGAAGGGUCAUUCAAUCGUCACUCAGAGUCAGCAACAUUGAAACUCCACCAAAAUCAACCAGGAGAAGGAAACGAAGGAAAUCAGUCUAUGUACAAAAGAGACGGAAAUCUGCUAUAAGCGUCCCAGCAGGCGUCCCAACGGGCGUCCCAGUAGGCGUCCCAGCGGGCAUCCCAGAGGGCAUCCCAGAGAGCAUCCCAGCUGGCAUCCCAGAGAGCAUCCCAGCUGGCAUCCCAGAGAGCAUCCCAGCCGCCAUCCCAGCCGCCAUCCCAAAGGGCUUGGCACAGAAAACUGAGCGGAAGGAGCCAGAAACCAUGGACACUGCCAGGAAGAAAACUGGGUACCAUGUCCCGGAUUACCAGACGGACACCUCAGCAGCACAGGUGCCCUAUGCCCGGCCACGAAGGGCUGUGACCCUGAGGAGAAAUGCAGAGGCUUUGAAGCGACCUCCAGUGGAAAGGGCACGGAGGGCCCGCCCAGUGGCAACUACUGCUUCUUCUAACAACAGAGUCAAGGGUCCACUUGUUAGGAUUGUGAAAUCAGAGGAUUCAAGCCAAGCGGACGAGGAGAGACUGAUUCUUGAGAGCAAUCCACUGGAGUGGUCGGUGAAGGAUGUGGUACGAUUCAUUAAACUGACUGACUGUGCACCUUUGGCCAGGAUCUUCCAGGAGCAGGACAUCGAUGGCCAGGCAUUCCUCCUGCUGACUCUCCCAACUGUGCAGGAGUGCAUGGAGCUGAAACUGGGACCCGCUAUCAAGUUAUGCCAUCAGAUCGAGAGAGUGAAGGUGGCUUUCUAUGCCCAGUAUGCCAGCUAACUCGCCCCUCCUGGCAGGUGUCGCCUGAUUCUGAUAAUGCUGUGUUUGUUGUAAAGGUUUCCAGGGCUGAGACCUUGAUUUCCCGGGCUUCGUGAAAUGGCACAAUCAUUGGUAAUCUCCAAAAAGCCAGGAGCCCAGGACCUCCUUUUUGCACCAGCCUAUUUGAUAGUCCUAUAUUUUUAAAGCACACAGAAGGAGCAGCAGCAGCAGCUCUGAGAGUAUUGUGAAUGUUCUGAGACAGACCUUCCCUGGCUCAGGACCUCUGAGUUUCAUUCCCACCCCCACCCCCCAGCCCCCACCCCCCGUUCAAACCAGGCAGUUUUUUUCUGGAAGCCAGGUUUCCUUACACUGAGGUAGGUCUAGGUUCUUGGGAAACUAAGAUGAACUUAGUGUAUCUGAGCAGAGUACCUGCCCAUCUUGCUGCCGCUUUUGCCUGAUUCAGUCUCCAGCUCUCAUACAGCUCUUGUCUGCCGCACACAUGCACGCAACCUUGAUUUAGAGUCACCUCCUGUCCCAUUUGAUCUCACGUAAGCUCCGUUCUCCCACACAACUCUGGGCUCUGUUCAGCUCCGUCCUUGUGUCAGAGGUGCCUUUUCACAAGUAUGGCCGCUUACCACGAGAUAGCUACCGUGUAAGCAAAGCCUAGGACAUUUGCAGUAGCAAACGCUCUCUGUAGUCUCCUGCAGAACCAUAGCUUCAAUGUUCUAAGAUCACUGUGCCUGGUCGGGAGGAGGCUGCUUUAGGGAAGUAUCAAAUUCUGUAUUGAAGAAAAGCUUUCAGGGGGCAUGUAUAGGAAGAGAUUUUGGGGAAAGCGUUUUUUUUUGUUUGUUUGUUUGUUUGUUUUGUGAACUAGCUGUAUCCGCUUAGAAUGCUAACACAGAUGGUCACUGCAAGCAAAUCCCUGUGAGCCUCUCUUCUGCUAGUGCCUGGCUUGCCACAUGGAAAGCAAGCACAAGGGAACAGUAUCCCAUAGCAUAAGACAGCAGAGCAAAUCCUGGAUGUGGAUCCAGCUGGUUUCCAUCCACUGGCUAAUGGCCAACUUCAUGGCCUCGGGUAACUUGCCACCACCCUGGAUCCAAGUUCCCAUGGAGGGGAGAGUUAGGACAUUUAGUAGUGAGGCACUGAUAACUUCUCCCUGCUCCUGUUAUAGAGGAGCCUAGGUAGACCAAAAUGAGAAAAAAGAAUGUGGUCACAGAGUGUAACCCUCCAGUUUCUGCCUUUCACUCUCUUGGGGGGUUGCUCAUGAAAUUUCACUACGUCAUUCAUAGACUAAUCAGUGAUUGUCAAGUUUGCCUGAUACUCAGCACCCGUCUGUGUUUUCCUAUGAGCAGUUCAACAUGUGCUCACAAACCCAAAGGGGCUGAGGUACACUAUAGCGUGGAGGUCACCUCCAUGUCUUUUGAAAACCAGGCAAGGAAACCAGAACUUUCGCUCUGCUCAGGAGUGCCUCACUUUGGAAGCUUAACUUCCCACCUAUCUGGGCCUUACUGGUUUACUCAUGAUUUUUC